AUGUCCGAUUCUUAUGAUUACCUCUUCAAGUUUUUAAUUAUUGGAAAUACUGGAACGGGAAAAACAUGUUUAUUGAGAAGGUUUUUAGAUAACACUUUUAGAGAAGAAACACUUCACACAAUAGGCGUAGAGUUUGGCACAAAAAUUGUCUGUGUCGCUGGAAAGUCCCUAAAGCUUCAAAUCUGGGACACUGCAGGUAGACUUGAAAUAACUUUAAUAAAGUUAAGAGGGGCGGCUGGUGCUCUUGUCGUCUAUGAUAUUGCUUGUCGCGAAACUUUUAAUCAUGUUGCUGAUUGGAUAGCCAGUGCCAGAGAAUUAGCUAGACCAGAGCUUGUAAUUAUUCUUGUUGGUAAUAAGGUAGAUCUUGGAUCAGAUGCACGAGAGGUAAGCAAGUUUGCUCAAUGCAUAAUGUUCACAAUUUUACAUUAUAGUAUGCUAUAUUUUAUAUUCUCUCUAUAA